AUGUCCGUUGCGUGUCGGUCGUUCAAAAAACUAUUCAACGUCGAUGAUUUUUACAAAUCUGUGCAACCGCUUAUACUUUCAUCAAAUCUUCUCGGCCUCACACCUUUUGUGCUGGCAACAGAUCAGCAGGGUCGGAAAUCUUUGCAAAUUUCACGUCGCACAUAUUUUUUUGUGCUUUUGAUUUUAGCUGUCUAUUUCUAUUGCUGUUAUUAUAUAGCUUAUUGCCAAGAUACCUUCGUUGGUGCCUUCCUGAAUACGGACAUUAGUAAUGGCGGUGAUAAAUGUAUACUGAUGGGUAGUGGUGUUGCGGCGAUGGCGGUUCUAAAUUCAAAUGUUUUACGAAAACAACGUCUUUUCUGGGCUCUGCAAUAUUUUCAGCAAAUUGAUGAGCAUUUUCAACGAAUAGGUGUACACUGGAAUUAUACGAAUAUCCGACGUCAAGCAUUUUGCAUGCUCCUCAUUGGCGGUUGUACUCUUAAUAUGUAUAUCAUGCUGGACCAGCUUGGGUGUUCAUCCUCCAUGGCCGCCGGUGUUUGUUGGUUUGAAUCAAUUGAUUGGGAUAUGCUUAACGAUUUCGCUUUUCGUCUUCCUCUUGCUCUCGACAAGCGUGAGAAUGCAGGCUUUGAAUAA